AGGCCAGCCUCUAAUGAGGAGCAUGACUGGAAGGUGCCAUUUCUCACCGCCCUGCCUGCAGCUCAGACCCGACCAGAGCCCUUCAGGAGUCGAGUACAGGGAGCUGCACUGAACUGUUUGCUCAAAAUGCUGCUGAACAAUGAGGGAAAGAACAAUGUUGCCAAAGGAAAUAUGGAAAUGCAAAGCGAGUUUAAAGGAAGAAAAGGGCUGAAGAUGAAUCAGUGGAGUGAGGAGCGUAUGAAAGCUGCAAUAGACGAGUAUAAAGCACAGGCUGAGUCGGGGCAGAAGCCUGCGCUACGAUUGCUGGCAAGGAAGUGGAACGUGCCAAAAACGACCCUUCAGAGACGCGUGAAAGGGCUCGUCGAGGGAUCUGAGCAUGCGUCUGGAAGAAAGCCAUUCAUCCCUGUUGAAUCUGAGCGGGAGUUAGCGCGCCUUCUCACCUUGCUUUCAGAGAGAGGCUUCUCCUUGAGGAAGACUGAUGUUCAGUCUCUUGCUUUUGAGUUUGCCAAGAUAAAUGGCAUCCGAGGGUUUUCAGAAGAGAAGCAAAAGGCAGGCUAUUACUGGUUCGAGGGCUUUAUGAAGCGAAACCCCGGGCUGCAAAUAAAGAAACCUGAGACCACAUCACCAGCUACAAGGAUGAAUGAAGAAGAGCUGGAAAAAUGGUUCAUGAUGUAUGAAAACACACUUGAUGCCUUGGGAAUUAAAGACGUCCCUUCACAUAUUUGGAAGUGUGAUGUAUCAGGACUACAAGACAAGUUCUCCUCUCAACAAUCUGUCGGGGAAGGAGAAGAUCCCUGCGUUCAGAUCACAACCGAGGAGGAAACGGCCUCAACUAUACUAGCAGCAUUCAAUGCCAGUGGUGCGUUUGCUCCUCCGCUUCUCAUUUUCAAAGGAAUUAAUGUGAGAAAUGAGUGGAUGAAUGAAAACAUGUGCGUGAGAGCAUCAGAUAAUGGCCGGAUAACAGCAGAGCUGUUCCUUGAGUGGGGGGAAAUGUUUGUGGCACAGCUCCCAAAAGAUGACUCCAGGCCCCACCUUCUGUUCCUCGAUGGCCAAAGCAGCCACAUCUUCAACCUCAGCUUCCUCAGUCUCAUGAAGCAGAACGACGUGGAAGUCAUAUGCUUUCCUGCGCCGCAGCCGGCCAACAUGGCUCUGUUUGGGAGCCUCAAACACAACUGGUGCGAAGCGAGUCGCAAGUGGAAUCAGCAGUGUGCAGGAAUGAAGUUGCCCAAAGCACAUUAUUGCUCUGUUUUCAUGGAAGCAUGGAAGAAAACUGCCACUGUGGAACAAGCCAAAGAUGUGUUCAGAACAACAGGGGUGCUCCCGAUAAACAAGUUUACCUCCAUUGGGCAUAAAAGCACCACGCUAUGCGCCGAAGACGCCGCACAUUGGAGCACUGAGAGCGGCUCUGAUGAAGUGGCAUCAUUCACAGACUUUGUGGUCAUACAAAAAAGUCACACACCCAGAGCCAAGACAGUACCAUAUUUACAAAGAACCUCAGAAUACCUUCUUUAUGAUGAACAUUUAAAACAAAGAAAUGAACAGAAUAAAGCAGCCACCUCCUACAAGUGCAGAGGCUGCUUCAUAAACCACGGCUCAGACGGUGAUCUGAAAGCUGCUGAAGCGUGGAUCAGAUGCAGCAACUGUAAGGCCUGCUACCAUGAGUCUUGUGCAGAAGAGGAUGGGAUAUAUGAAUGGGUUUAUGAUGGAGAUGGUGAUAAUCGAUAAACUGAAGGGUGGAAAGACAGCAUCAUUUCAGAACAAGAAAACACAUUCACAUACGAUUUCUGAAAACAUUGGUCUUUUAUUCAGUCACGGUCUGGUGAUUUUGAAAUAGAACAUGUGUUAAAAUAAAAUGCUGUGAGAAUUAAAUAUCAGCUAAAUCCAUGACUAAACUCCAUUAA